AUGGCGGACACUAUUACGUACACCUACGUUAUCGUGGGAGGUGGGAUUGCCGGCGUGACUUGUGCCGAAACGUUGAACCUUCUUCGCAACGAGCCAACCGACAGGAUUCUACUACUAACCGAAUCCACUCUCGUCAAGGCUGUCACCAAUGUUGUUCCACUCGGCAAAAUCCUAAACCGCUUCGAUGUGGAGGAAAAAAGCACGGGAGAACUUGCAUCGGCAAAUAAUAUCGAUGUACUGCUCGAUCAGCUUGAGUCAAUCGUAAGUGAGUCCCACUUAAUAAAAACGGUCGCAGGAAGAUGUAUCAAUUAUCGAUAUCUGUGCCUUUGUACCGGUGCACGGCCUAACAUAAUCGGUAAGGCUAAAGGAAAUACGAACGUGAUCGGUAUACGCGACACAGAAUCGGUGGAAGAAUUUCGGAAGCGCAUCCAUACCGCGACUCGUUUGAUGGUCGUUGGAAACGGUGGCAUUGCAUCGGAGCUGGUUUACGAGGUGGACGGGAUGGAGGAAAUUCACUGGGUGAUAAAGGAUCCGUACAUAAGCUCCACGUUUGUUGAUUCCGGUGCGGCUACGUUCUUUCGAGAGAGGUUAAAUACGAAGGCAAUAGCGGAAAAGGAAAAGACAAUAUACAAGCGAAUGAGGUACACGGAACAGAACGAAGCUGGAAAUGUGUCUACGGUUGGAGGCAGUAAGCGUGGCGCUGCAUUAGGACCCGAUUGGCACCGUGCCUUUGACAUCCAGAAGCACGGAGAUACAGCUUCCCGCAAUGGCAACAAAGUAACCGUCCACCAAUCGGUUGAAGUGGAGGACAUUAACGAAGUAACCUCCGGACUAGAGGUUCUUCUUACCAAUGGUACGAAGAUUGAGUGCGACUUCGUCGUGUCCGCCACAGGUGUCGUUCCAGCUGUAAGUUGGGCUGGUGGAUGUGAUAAACCGUUUAAGCUGGGACCGGAUGGAGGCCUUUUCGUGAACUGGUCGAUGGAAACAUCCGUAAACGAUGUUUAUGCAGCCGGAGAUGUUUGCUACGCCGGAUGGGAACUUGCACCGCACUGGUUCCAGAUGCGACUGUGGACACAGGCUCGUCAAAUGGGUGCAAUGGCCGCCCGAAGCAUGGCCGCUAAGCGUGCCGGAGAAGAGAUUUAUCAGGAUUUUUGCUUCGAAAUGUUCAACCACGUUACGAGCCUGUUCGGUUAUCAGGUGGUACUUUUGGGGCGCUAUAAUGGACAAGGAUUGAAUGAUAAAUACGAGGUGUUACUACGUAUGACACCCGGAUUGGAGUAUAUCAAGUUUGUGUUGGUUGACGGACGAUUGCAGGGCGCAUUGCUGGUCGGCGAAACUGGAUUAGAAGAGACGUGCGAGAAUUUAAUCCUAAACCAACUCGAUCUGUCGCCGUACGGAGAAGAUUUGCUCAAUCCUGAUAUUGAUAUUGAGGAUUAUUUUGAUUGA